AUAUAUAUAUACAAAGGGAGAGAGAAGAGACACUAACCAUUCAAAACCCUAGCGCCGAAUCCCCUCUGCCCUUUGGAUUCCUUGCGUUGGAUCUCAUGGCCGGCGACGAUGCCGCGGCUCCUCCCACCGCGGAAAUGGCAUCCGCCUCCCUCACUCCCUCACCUGAGCGCCGGCGACGCGAGUACAUCGCCUCCAUCGUUGGUCGCGGAGCAGUGCCGGACGAGCUGAUUGGCAAGAGGAUCCGGGUCGGAGGCUGGGUGAAGACGGGGAGGGAGCAAGGGAAGGGCGCCUUCGCGUUCUUGGAACUCAAUGAUGGAUCUUGCCUUUCGAACCUUCAGGUUAUUGUUAACGCCUCCGUGUUUCCUCUUGCCCAGCUUGUGCAUACUGGCACGUCGGUGCUUGUUGAGGGCGAGCUCAAGAAGCCACCGGAGGGAGUUAAACAGCGUGUUGAGCUUCAUGCUGACCGUGUUCUGGAGGUUGGGCCUGCUGAUCCGUCAAGCUAUCCCAUUCCAAAGACCCGGCUUACGCUUGAGUUUCUCCGGGAUAUCGUCCACCUCCGACCACGUACCAACACGAUAUCUGCAAUUGCCCGCAUCAGAGAUGAACUUGCCUAUGCCACACAUACAUUUUUUAGGGAAAAUGGAUUCCGCUAUGUGCAUACUCCAAUAAUUACCACCAGUGAUUGUGAGGGUGCUGGUGAAAUGUUCCAAGUAACCACACUAUUUAGUGAUGCUGAAAAGUUGGAGAAGGACUUGAAGGCCAACCCUCCACCGUCGGAAUCUGAAAUUGAGGAUGCUAGGCUGGUUGUCAAGAAAAAUGGGGAGGAUGUUGCACAUUUGAAAUCCUUGAAAGCGAGCAAGGAGGAGAUCAGUGCGUCUGUGCUCAAAUUGAACAAGGCAAAAGAAAGUCUAGCCAAAUUAGAAGAGAGGUUUAACUUAAAACCUGGGAUCCCUCAAAAGGAUGGGAAGAUUGAUUACUCACGUGAUUUUUUUGGACGACAAGCAUUCCUUACUGUAUCUGGCCAACUUCAAGUGGAGACUCAUGCUUGUGCUGUGGGUAACGUCUAUACAUUCGGGCCUACUUUUCGAGCUGAACAUUCACAUACAUCAAGACAUUUAGCAGAAUUCUGGAUGAUAGAGCCAGAGAUAGCGUUUGCUGAUCUUGAGGAUGACAUGUACUAUGCGGAAGAGUAUGUCAAAUUCCUGUGCAGAUGGUUACUUGACCACUGCAUUGAGGAUAUGGAAUUCAUGGUGAAGAAUUAUGACAAAUCUGCCAUUGACCGUCUGAAACUUGUAGCCUCGGAACCAUUUAAACGUAUUUCCUAUACUGAAGCUGUUGAACUUUUAUGCUCUGUCACUGACAAGAAGUUUGAGAAUAAGGUUGAAUGGGGAGUGGAUUUAGCAUCUGAGCAUGAGAGAUACUUGACGGAGGUGAUAUUCAAAAGGCCUGUCAUUGUGUAUAAUUACCCUAAAGAGAUAAAAGCAUUUUACAUGAGGCUUAAUGAUGACAAGAAGACUGUUGCAGCUAUGGAUGUGCUUGUGCCCAAGGUUGGUGAGCUGAUUGGAGGAAGCCAGAGGGAAGAGCGGUAUGAUGCUCUUGUGGAUAGAAUAACCAGUGCAGGGCUACCUCUUGAGCCAUAUCAUUGGUAUCUAGAGCUUCGCAAAUUCGGGACUGUCAAACACUGUGGAUUUGGUUUGGGCUUUGAAAGGAUGAUCUUGUUUGCCACCGGUAUCGACAACAUCCGAGAUGUCAUUCCUUUCCCUAGGUACCCUGGAAGAGCAGAUCUUUAAAUUCUACAAAUUUUCAUGCUUCUAUUCAAUCUUUAGUUCUAAAAUUUUAUAAAGUAAUUGAUUAGUCUUUCUGAAACAAAAGACCAAUCAAUCAUACUUUUGAUUAUGUUAAAGCCAAUUAGUGAAAAGUAUUUAUGCAAGUUUCAAAUCUUUUGAUGGAGUUUGACUGAGGAAAUUCCAUGAAGGAUAAUAUCAAUGUGGAUUAUUAUAGAUGACUUGUUCAUUAUCUUUAUUAGGGUAUAACUUUUGCAAGAGACAGUCAAAUUUGUAAUUCUGAGUUUUUUUUUUCUUCCAGAAA